AUGAGGCUCUCCUCCCUUGCCUGGGGCCUGCUGCUCGGGGCUGCCGCCCGGGUGGCCGCCCAGGACGACGACUACGAUGAUGAAAUACCAGAGGACAAAUCCCUGGAAACAACCACCUUUGAUGGCAUCAAGGUCCCUCCGAUGCUCGAGCUCACCCCCGAUAACUUCGAGUCCGAGAUCAAAAAGUCAAAAUACAUGUUGGUCAAACACUACAGUCCGUACUGCCCACAUUGCCAGGACUACGCCCCAAUCUAUCGCACACUGUACGAGUUUUACUACACCGACCCGGCACCAGGCCCCGGCAAAUCUUUCGAACAAUUCUACGACUGGCGCUUUGCAAUGAUAAAUUGUGUCGCGUUCUAUGAUCUUUGCGCCGGAAAUGGGGUCCAGUCCUACCCGACGUCGAUGCUCUUCAUAAAUGGCGUCAAGAACGAGAGUUACAGGGGUGUCAAGAGCUUGAAAUUCUUGACCGACGCCAUCGAACCCGUGCUCGAGCGCGAGAGACCCGGUUCCAGACCCAAGGCGCUGUUGCUUCCCGAGCCCCUCGCCACAGCUCGCCCGAAGCCAGCCGAUGAUUCAAAGUUGGCUUCAGUUCCCAAGCCCGAUGCCCAGCCGCAGAUAGAACUCAGGGAGCCCGCUAAGGCUGGUUCUGAAGCCGCGGCUGCCCCCAAGGCACCAGCGGCUGCGGCCCCCGCGAUUGAAGAGCUGGGUUCCCUCAAGGCCGAGAAGCCCAAGGCCGAGAAGCCCAAAGACGUCGCUCCUGCGAAAACCGAGCCUGAGAAACCGGCAAAGCCUACAAAGACCCCGAAUCCAAAUGGCGCCUCCGUUCCUCUGACAGCAGAAAGCUUCCAAACGCUGGUGACUAUGACCCGUGACCCGUGGUUCAUCAAAUUCUACGCCCCGUGGUGUCAUCACUGUCAGGCCAUGGCGCCGAACUGGCAGCAGCUUGCCAAGGAGAUGAAGGGCAAGCUAAACAUUGGUGAGGUCAACUGUGAAGCAGAAAAGCGACUUUGCAAGGAUGCUCGCCUUCGUGGCUACCCGACAAUUCUCUUCUUCAGGGGUGGCGAGCGAGUAGAAUACGAGGGUCUCAGAGGCAUUGGUGACUUUGUUAGCUAUGCCGAGAAGGCGAUUGACCUCUCCAACGGGGUUCGCGACGUGGACGCCGACUCUCUUGCGGCCAUGGAGGAGAAGGAAGACGUCAUCUUCAUAUACUUCUACGACCAUGCAACCACAAGCGAGGAUUUUGCGGCCCUCGAGCGAUUGCCCCUGAGCCUCAUUGGCAGGGCCAAGCUGGUCAAGACCAAGGACCCCAAGCUGUACGAGAGGUACAAGAUCACUACCUGGCCGCGUCUCAUCAUUUCCCGGGAAGGCAGGCCGACCUAUUAUAAUCCUCUCACGCCAAACGAGAUGCGAAAUACUCGGCAGGUCCUUGAGUGGAUGAAGUCAGUCUGGCUGCCUCUUAUUCCCGAGCUGACUGCAUCGAACGCUCGUGAAAUCAUGGAUGGCAAGAUAGUGGUCCUGGGCAUCCUAAAUAGGGAAGACCAGGAGUCAUUCUCGGGUGCUAUUAGAGAAAUGAAGAGCGCGGCUACUGAAUGGAUGGACAAGCAGAUCCAGCUGUUCCAAUUAGAACGUCAGGAGCUACGUGAUGCGAAACAAUUGCGAAUCGAGGAAGCCGAGGACCGUGGGGACCAGAGAGCGCUCCGGGCCGCCAAGAGCCAACAGGUCAACAUGAACAGGGCAGAUCGGAAAGAGGUUGCAUUUGCGUGGGUCGAUGGGGUUUUCUGGCAGAGGUGGAUCCGCACCACAUAUGGUAUUGAUGUGAAGGAUGGCGAGAGGGUCAUCAUCAAUGACGAAGAUAACCGCCGUUAUUGGGACCAAACCAGCACGGGCAACUACAUCGUCCCGUCGCGUACCUCGAUCUUGGAGACCCUCAACAAGGUCACCGCGCAACCUCCCAAGCUCAAGCCGAAGCUGACUAUCUCAAGCUUCGAGAAGAUCUUUUUCGACAUGCGGGUCACUUUCUCCGAGCACCCGUAUCUCACCAUCGGCUGCAUCUUUGGGCUGAUACUUGGUUCUGCAUCAUGGUUCCGUGGUCGCCAUAGGCGGAGAAGCGGCCGUCCUUUCCUGAACGAAGACUUCAAGGCACCUCUUCUCGGCUCCAACAUCAACGGUAAGACGGACUGA